AUGAACAAUAGAGAAAUUCCAAUAAUUUUGGUCUGUAAAGAGAAGCAGAAAACUUAUCAGGUUUAGGUUGAUAUUGAUUCUCUUGUGGAGGAUUUGAUUACUGAACUUCAUCAAUUAUUAUAACCAGGAAAUUAAUAAGAAAUUGUGCUUUAUUAUAAUGGUGUGGUCCUUAAUUAAAAGAAGCAUUUUAAAGAUUAUAAAAUUGUAAAAGGUAGCACUAUAGAAAUUAUCAUUAAAACUCAUGGAGGGAGAUUAUUCUAUUGA